GGCAGGAAAUUUUUACUCCUUUCUGUUCUUAUUUUUAAUAUGGUUCUUAAAUAAGGUUGAUUUUACUCCCUCAAGUAACUAAGGUAAUAAUCAAAAUUGUAUUGAUUUAGAAGUGUCUAUUUUGUGGAGUCAACUGUUUGACUAAUUGUUUUGAAAGUAUCUAUUUUGUGGAGUCAAUGUUUGUUAUUGAUUUUGAAAAUAUAUUUGGUAGGACUAUACUGGAGAGGAUGUUACAAUCAAAAACUUCUAUGCUGUUCUAGAAGGCCACGGAGGUCCCUGUGAUUCAGGUGGAACAACACUGGAAUCGGUCUCUCUGCUCAUAGUAGUAGGUCCGGGAGGCAGCGACAUUGACCUUCAAUGAAGAAGAAUAGAGGAUAUACGCUAGCAAGUAGGUCCACACCCUCAUCACGUCGUGCGCGUGCACAUGUCAAUCAACUCAAACAGCUUUACAUUGCACCACGAUCACAUGAAAUCAGACUGAGUGAACCAUAGAAAUUUAAUGUCUUAGUGCAGUUAUUCUUGAGAAAGACAAUGAUGUAUACACACAAAAGUUAAUUGUGAGUUAAAAAAAGGUACUUUAUAUUAGAUUUCUUCUUUUUUAAUGUGAGUUAAUUGUGAGUUAAAAAAUAUUGAAAUGCAACUGAAAUCUUAAUUGGUCGUCUUGACCUUCAAUUCAUUGUCGGAGAAAGGAAGAUGAAGCAGGUGAGUGGAGAGAGACAAUUGAGCAAAUCUUUCCCCUGUUGUCCAUUGGCGGUGGCAAUAUAAGAACAAUUUGGCAAAACAAAACGAGUAGAUGCUUGAAUGGCUUUACACACUAGGGACGAUGACUUGUACUGCACAUGAUUAGAAGAUGUAGCUCCUGGCGAACAGAGAUGAAAUGAGAUCCACACCAAGCUCCUAGCCAACAGAGAUGAGAUGGUAGCUCCUUAGGCCAGUUAUCUGAUGAAUCACACAACUAUCACUGUAAACACCUUUAUGGAAAUCUAAGCCCUGGGACAAAGGAAAAGGGAUGUCAUAUGACGCAAAGUGUAAAGGAACACAAGAAAAAUGAACGGUGUUAAUGAAACCGAGCUCAAACUUACACGUUCCCACAAACAACUAAGAUUUGGUCCAUCUUUGUCGUGUCCCUGGAACACACAAAGUUUUCUUUCCUUUAUGCUUUUGUCACCGAACUCACUUACGGUGAAAGCAAGGGUUUUUAAAUCGGUGGAAAUUGAUAACGCUUACUCCUUCAAGUUAGCUUUACAACAUGAUUCUAGGCAAACCGUAAGUGAGUUCGGUGACAAAAGCAUAAUGGAAAGAAAACUUUGUGUGUUCCAGGGACACGACAAAGAUGGACCAAAUCUUAGUUGUUUGUGGGAACGUGGCUUAGAUUUCCAUAAAGGUGUUUACAGUGAUAGUUGUGGGGUUCAUCGGAUAACUGGCCUGAGGAGCUACGAUCUCAUCUUUGUUGGCCAGGAGCUUGAUGUGGAUCUCACUUCAUCUCUGUUGGCCAGGAGCUACAUCUCCUAAUCAUGUGCAAUACAAGUCAUCAUCCCUAGUGUGUAAAUCCAUUCAAGCAUCUACUUAGCAUUAUCGGUCAUCCAGCUACUUUUGUUGCCAAUAUAGGAUUCGUUAUAAUUGUAUCAGAUUUAAUUAGGUGGAAACCCAUAAAAGUAACGUACGUAAGAGAGAUAGAAGAGAAAUUACUCAUUCUGUUUUGCCAAAUUGUUCUUAUAUUGCCGCCGCCAAUAGACAACAGGGGAAAGAUUUGCUCAAUUGUCUCUCUUCCCUCACCUGCUUUAUCUUCUUUUCUUUGACAAUGAAUUGAAGGUCAAGACGGUCAAUUAGGAUUUCAGUUGCAUUUCAAAUUUUUUUAACUCACAGUAGAAAAGAAGAAAUCUAAUAUAAAGUAUCUUUUUUUAUAACUCACGGUUAGCUUUUGAGUGUAUACAUCAUUGUCCUUCUCAGAAAUAACUGCACUAAGACAUUAAAUUGUUAUCGUUCGCUCAGGUCAGAUUUCAUCUGAUCGUGGUGUAAUGUAAAGCCGUUUGACUUGAUUGGCACGUGCACGACGUGAUGAUGGCGUGACUCACUCGCUAGCGUAUAUCCUCUAUUCAUUGAAGGUCAAUAUCGACCUACUACUAUGAGAGAUACUGAUUCUCACACCAUAUAAACAUAGCACUGGAUUAAAAUCUAACUAGAAAG